AUGAAGGCGAGUGAGCUGCUCGUAGACAUGACGUGGCUGGGCGUGGCCUGCGCGGCAGCGAGCGCGGUGGUGGUGCCGCUGCUUCUGCAUCGAAUCUUCUUCUUCAAGAAGGUGGAUCACGAGCGAACAGCAGGCAGCUGCUCACUCGAGGAGUACAUGAUUAAGCACGGGAUGAGUGAAGUGGAAGCCAAGUUUCAGGUGGCUGUGGACUUUAUUGCUGCACGGAGCGACAACGAGAUGACGAACGAGCAGAAAUUGACACUAUACGCGUUCUACAAGCAAGCGCACUUUGGUAAAUGCAGUGUGGACAAACCGUCUGUGAUGGACAUUGUGGGGUCGGCUAAGUGGGAGAGCUGGAAGGCUUUGGGUGAUUUAGACCAGGAUGUAGCUAAGGAGCAGUACGUGGAGUGCGUGCAAGAUCUGUUCGAAGAAUUCGACGUGCGGGGUCUCAAGACGUGGCGCUCGUCUUUGCUUUCACCGUCAAAGGUCGAGAGUAAGUCGUUGUCGUUACGCGACCACAUUUCAACAGCGGGAACCGUCAGUAUGCCGGAGGUUAACGUGUCAACGGACGAAUGGAAGGUGAGCGAUGAUGUCUUUCACUAUGCAAGCACAGGAGAUUUGGACAAGCUGUUGUCUGCGCUGGACCAAGGAGAAGACGUAAAUACUCAGGAUCCUGAAGGACGGACUUUGUUGCAUUGGGCUGUCGAUCGUGACCAAACGUCUGUGGUGAAGGAGUUGCUACGCCGCAAGGCUUCAUCAAAUAUCCAGGAUACAGACGGUAUGACACCGCUGCAUUAUGCAUCGAGCUGCGAGCACGAGGAGAUGGUGCAACUGUUGGUACGACACGGUGCCUUCGUGGAUAUAGAAGAUUUGGAUGGUGAUACCCCUCUCAUGACGGCCACUAGCCCUGCGCUCCAGUUGAUCAUGGCUGAUGGUUCCACCAGUGAUCGUACGUAA